GGGGGGGGGGGCAUAUUGUUUUACCCCUGUCCGUCCAUCUAUCUGUCUGUCCGUCCUUCCGUCCCAUUAUGGGUCUAUAGUUAUUCCAGUUACAGUUUGAAUGCUAGGAAGUCUUCACUUUGCUGGCUGUUUGUAUAUAUACUGAAGGUGUGCAUGUGGUCAGGGUUUUGAUUUUUAUUAAUAUUUCUUUUUGAGAGAUAGUUGAACUUUGUCAUUUUUGGAGUAUUUACUUUACCUGUGCAAAUUUCAAACGCGCAAUUUUACGCCAGUACUUAAAACCUUCCAUCCUUAAUUGGCGGAUUUUACAUAGAUAAAUAAAAUCGUACAAUAAAAAAGCAAAAUGAGGAUGUUAAACUUGAUGUAUGCCUUUUUGUGCUUGUUUUUAUGGUGAUUAAGAUGAUAACACAAUGUUAACUGCUGUACCCCUAUUUUUGGGGCGGGCAUCACUUUGUCUAGUUUAAAUGUGUUUUUAAAUAUAUAGCAUAAUUUUCAAGAUGUUAAACACUUUUGACCUCUGACUGUUGUAUGUUGUUAUGUGUUAGUUAGUUGAUGAGUUCAUCUGGUAGCAGAUUUUGUGGGAAUUAUAUAUAUAUGUGUGUCAACAUAGUUAACCUAUUGUUUUAUUAGCUGUCAGUUUGUUCUCUUUUUAAUUUUUUAGACAUCAAGAGUUAACAACUUUACUUCAAAUCAUGAACAUAGAUACUCCUCAUAAAGUAUUAAAUAGAAAUAAAGAUGAGACUUUGAUAUAUUGUGCAGCUCAAUGGAAUAGUUUGUCAUUUGUUUGAAGUGUGGGUCAACAACAUUCUGUAGCCUAAUGGGACAACAGAUGUCUGUUGAUGACCAGGAUGAGGGAUUCAAAAAUAUUAUUAGUCGUAUGCUACAGGAGGCAGAUGAAGAAAACGAUGCUUCAAAAGUAAAUUGUGGCAAGAAAAGUAAUGAAAAGUUUAUUACAGAUUCAGAUGUAGGACUUGAAAAUAAAGUGAAAGUGAAUAAUUCUGAACAAAGCACAAUAAAUGAACAAAAGGACAAGGAGAAAAUUGAGCUAACUGAUACUAAAACUGGUUCAGAGCUCACAGAUGAUGUUUAUAAAAAAUCACAUCUAGAGCCUAAUGAUGAUCUGUUUGAAAAAUCACAUGCUGAUUUCAGGGAAAACAAAAACCUAGGUAUGAGUGUUUCAUCAGAUUUAAGAAAAUCUACUGAAAAUGCUCAAGCACCAAAUUUACAAAAUGUUAAACAAGAGCAAGACACAGAUGUGAAUGAAUGUUUGGAAAAGGAUCAGCUCAAAAUAACUAGAGAGAAGGAAAGUAUAUCUGCUACUGGUAAAAAACCUGUCACUCGCACUGAAAUAGCAAAUGAAAAACUGAAAGAAAUUUCAACAAAAAAUAAUGCAAAGGAUAAACCUAAAAGUUUAGAAACUGUAUUUUUAAAGGAUAGAAUUGACAAUUUAAUUACAAGCUGUUUAUCAUCCAAAAGUUAUGAAUCUGAUCUAGAAAUGAAAAAUAAAUCAGUUGUGGAUUCAAAUCAAACUAAUUUACAGUUAAUUAAACAAGAAAAUAGAGAUGCAUUUGAAAGUAAUACAAGUCAUUCACUUUCAAGUAAUCAUGAAGAAGUAAACAAAAUUGUACAAGAUAAUAGUACAAAUUUAGUACAGUCACAAAACUGUAAAACUGCAAAUCUUGAACAUGUGUAUAAUGUAGAAAAUCAAAACAAUUUGAAAAUGGAAAUAAAUACACAAAAAGUAUCAAAACAAAAGGAAGGGAAUCGUGAGACAACAACAUUUCAAACUCUAAUUGAAAAAGUUUUAGAUAAUUCCUUACAAAAAACUAAAUCAGUUGAUUCUGGUCCAAAUUCCAAUGGGUGUAAACAGGUGGCAGACAAUGUUAGACAGAUACCCGACAAUAGAAUUCCAAAUAGAAAUCAUCUUCAUACAAUCAAAAAUGAAAUACGAAAUGAACUAUUGGUCAAAGACACUAGUGAUAGACCAAGAACUGAGUCAAAACCAUCAGAUGAUAUGUCAAUCAAUAAAAGUAAAGUUGUGUAUUUAAAGGAUCACAUAGAAAAGGUUCUUGAAAAGAGUUUUCAAAAUUCCUCUAAGAAGGACAUUGAAGAAAUUAGAGUGCAGGAUCAAACACCAUCUAAACUACCAGAUGAACGUUUCCAAUAUAAAGAAAAUGAUCUACGGACAAUACAUAGGGAACAUAGUCAAAGUUUAGUAGGAGAACCUGUAAGGCAUUACAGGGACAGAAGUCACAGUUUUAAUGCACAAGAGGCAAGUUUAGAAAUCAAACGUCAUAAAUCUUUAGAGGCCUAUGAUUUAGAACAUUUGGGUCCUCCUAAAUUGAUAAAAGUGUCAGAUAUUUAUCCUGAUGUCAACAGAGAUCAAAGUCGUUAUCUUCAGCCACCUAGAAUAGAUACAUUUGAUGGGAACAGUCGAGGAUCAUUCAAAAGUGCAAUGUCACCAGGAGGAAGUUAUUCCAGAUCACCUUUAGAUCAGUCACCUGUAUCUCCAUUUUACAGUCAUAGUCCAAACUCAUGGCACGGACAUUCACCAAGAGAACAUGUAAUGCCUUCAAAUUUAUCACCUAAACAAAAUGUGCCAUCACCUGUGUACCAGUCUUCACGAUAUCCUGUUUCUCCUGGAUAUCCACCUUUAAGAUACAGCAACGGACCACAGGCUUCACAGAAACCAAUUACCUUAAGUAAUCGAGGAUUUCAGCAGCCUUAUCCCCAAGCUGCAUCUGUUCCAGGCUAUCUUACCAAUUCACCUGAUAGUAGAACAAGUUACCAGACAGGCAACCAGCAGAUUUCACCUAAUGCUCAACAACAUAUUCGAAACUAUCCACAUUUCUCAACACGACCAGUAGUCAGUAGUUCACAAAAUUUUCACUCAAAUGAACUUCAUUCCAAGCACCAAAUGUCUCCAGGUCCACCAUACCAACAAUCUUCGCCACGACAACUGCCGUAUCCAUCCAAUCAUCCACAGAUGUCACCAUCUUCUCACGUUCCUUAUUCAAAUGAAGCUACUCAGCAAAUGCCACGGGCAAUGAUGCCAUCACCACAACAUUAUCAAACACAUUCUGAUCAUAAUCAAAUUUACCCACCAACAUCAAACAUGCAUCAUGUUAGACAAACACAUCCUGGUUAUUCUCCAAUGAAUAACAGAAAUAAUGGUGCAGGAUAUGUGGACACACCAAUGAGAAAUGCUCAAAUAAGUCAGGUAACUCCUAGAAUGGCAGGUCCAAUGCAUCGAUCACCCCAGUAUAACGUAGAAGGACAUAAUAGAAAUCCAUCAGUUUCAUCUGCUAUGGCUCUGGGUCCAGUGCCACCGCAACAUUACUUUAAACAGCAAUCCCAGAAACCACCACAGCUUUUUCCAUCAUCUCCCCCGAUUCCAUCUGUUCGUGAAUUUAACCCUAAUAGAGCUGUAUUUCAGACUCCACCUCAUGCAACUGUUCGACCAGAAACUAAAUAUAGGCAGCCUGAAUCAGUAGAAAUACCAGCAAGGAUUCCAAGUCGUUCUGAAGAAAAAGUAAAUAGACAGCCACGUCAUGAGCAUGCAUUAGACUUCUCUGUAAAUAGAGAGGAUUCCAGUGUUGAUCCAGACAUGCAGCCUUUAGACUUAACAUGUAAAGUCAAAAAUAAACCAAAAGAAGUUCCAGUAACUCGACCAGCAAGUAAAUGUUAUUCUGGUUUUGAGUAUCUUGUUAAAGGACAGUUUGAGAAGGGUGUAUUUGAGGAGAACACUGGUCCUCACCCACAUAAACAAGCUGUUAGUUCACAAUACUCUGCACAAACUCAGGUUGCAUACCCUAAUUAUGAAGCUCAAAACAGAACAGGAAACUUGCUCAGACCAUCUGAAAAUGAUACAGGUAGCCGUAGUUACAGUCAGAUACCAGUACAACAGUCUUUACAAGGUCCAAAUGAUUGUCAUACAUUUAGACAAAAUUCUCGUGUACAAGUUCCUAUGUCACCUCAGACAUCAAGUCUGAAUGAUGAAAUGAUUUCAGCUGACAAUUGCAUUAAAGUUCAAAGUCCAAUAAAUCAGUCAGUUCAUCUACCGCAAGAUCAGAAAAAAGGACCAAAUGUUUCCAGGCAUGAACCAAUACAAAAUAUUCUUGGCAGUCAUUCCCCGACAGAUAUUUUGUAUUUGAUUUGUCGUUUAUGUGGUCAAACUUAUGGCAGUCCAUAUGGAUUUAGAAAACAUUUCAGAAACCAACAUGGAUUUGAACCACGAGCUGAGCAUACAAUUGUUCAAACAAUAUCUGAAACAAAAACUGCAAAAACUGCUUUGCUUUCACCAUCAGCAAACCAACAAGCCAUAUUGGUUGCACAACACCCAAAUACUUUGUCUGCCAAUUCUAUGGAUGAAAAUAAAAUCAGUGUUGCUGAAAAUCCAAGGGCUCUCAGUCAUACUAAAACCAUGAGAGUCCCAGUCAGUCAGGAAGGGCAAAGUGAUACAGAGACUGUAACUAUUGUAAAAGAGGAAAACAUGGAUUAUAUGCCUUCAGAUGGUGCAUGUGAUAUCCAGAAAAUAGAGUCUGAUAGUGGAAACAGGAAAUAUCUUGAAUGCCAUGAAUGUGGGCAGACUUUUCAGUUGAACGAUUUUGGUGCAUACAAGCGCCACUGCAGACAACAUGGACAUCCAAAAAUAAACAAUCCAUUUGAUCCGAGUUUUACUUCUGAUCAACAGAAUAUGAAUUCUAAUUCUGGAGAAGAUAUCAAAAGUAGAGAUGAUUCUAAGGGGGACAAUGUGUGUAAAGAAUGUAAUAUACCGUUUGCCUCCUCCGAUUUUUUAAAGGAGCACAUGAAUUCAAUACAUCCUGAAUUAACAAUUUAUUCUUGUUUAACAUGCAGCGAUAAAUUUUUAGAUGAAGCUGCAUAUCAAAAUCAUAUAAAAAGUUGUCAUAUAGAAACCAAGGAUAUAAAUGAAGUUACUGUUUCUAUGAAAAAAAGACUUAUCGGAGAUUUUCAGAAAGGUCAAUUUGAAAGUAAACAAGAGGAGAUAAUAUCUUCAACAAGUGUUACUAAAAGUGCUGCAGACUCCAUGGUAAUCACAGCUAGUCCUGACAGCAGUUCAGAUAUGAUAAAGAAAACAUUAUCUGUUGUCGAUAGUCAGACUCUUACACCAAAUGUACAAUCACAAUCUGAUAAACAGUCAUAUGAAUCGGAUUCUAAUUUGGAGAUUAAAGUGGAAAUUUCACGUCAGAAUAGUUGUGAUUCAGCAACACAGAAAAUCGAUGAUGGUAGUGAUAGUGAUACUCUCUACCUUCAUAAAAAGUUUGGUACAAAACGGAAAUUUAUAGCAAGUUUAAAUAGUGAUGUCAUCGAACCAAAAGUAUUUAGAAAGGAUAAAAGUCCUGGGAAUACAAGAAGUCCUAGUGUAUUGUCAACAAAUAGCUGUGAUUCAGAACAGCCAGAUACUAAAUCAGAAUCUGACCAAGAAUCUAAUAUAUCUAGUGGAAAUAUGGAUGGUAUUGAUGAUACAAAAGUAAGUAAAUGUUCCGGAAAGACUGAAGCUCGACACCAAUUGCCGUUUGUAUGGGACCGGGUAACUCGCAGUCAAGUUGGACGAAAACCAGCAAAGAAUUGAAUUAGAAUCUUUUGAUAUUGUUGGUUAUCGGUUCAUACAUUUUAAAUGAAGUCAUUUGAUAAGGAUGGCGAACAGUUUGAUAUCAGAUAAUGUCAACCUUUCUUUUUUUUCUUUUUUAUACGCCUGUUUACGGGGCGUAUUAUGGUAUACCAUCCGUCCGUCUGUCAUCAACAUAUCGGACAAUUACUCAAAAACACUUUAACCAAUUUGCAUGAAACUUUGGUAACUUGUUUAUAUCUAUUGAUGUGAGUUCUUUUUGAUUUUUAUAAAUUUUGGAUUUAAAGUUUCUGAGUUCUGGGGUUUUAUUCAUUAAAAACAGGGGACUUUCCAGUUGUUGGACAAUAACUAAAAAUUGCUUUGAACAGUUUUCAUGAAACUUUGGUGAAUUGUUUAUAUCUAUUGAUGUGAGCUCCCUUUCGAAAUUUUAUAAAUUGUAGAUUUUACGUUUCUGAGUUACAGGGUUUUAUUCAUUAAAAAAGGGGGAUUUUCCAGUUUUCAGACAAUAACUCAAAAAUGCUUUGAGCAGUUUUCAAGAAACUUUGGUGACUGGUUUAUAGCUAUUGAAAAAGUGACGGGCGUAUCAUAGGCUCAUGGCGCAGCUGUUUAUUUAUACAUUAACAAAAUGGCUGUUUUAUAAGAGCACAAUGAAUCCAUAACAUAAGGCUUUUAAUAUUUGUUUCUAAGAAUUAUUAUGGCCUAUACUAUAUGGUCAGAUGGUCAAUUUCAAAAUUUAUUUGUAUGAAGAUAUAUUAAAGGAAUUUCUUUUCAAGUUUAACAUCGUACAAGCUUGAACAUAUUGAAAAUUUUUCACAGAUCAAUUAAAAAGAAUACUUUAGAAUAUUAAUAUUUUUUUAACUCAUCUAAGCCAGUGUUUAACUAUUGCCAUCAUUUGACAUCUGUCAUCUAUUGUUGUUGACUGAUACAACUGGGCACACUGUAAUCAAACUUGAAUGUUUUUUUUGCCCUUUCUACUGUCAAAGCACUAUGCUUUUUUUUUUAAAUAUGACAGGAAUAUUAGAUAAUGUGUAUAGAUACCAAAUGAGUGCUACUGGUUUCUGUCAGUUAUAUUUUUUCCUGAGAGGAAUAUUCAAAUAUUCAAAGGGAAUUAAAACUUCAAGGUAAAUUAGUGGGUUUUUAUAUGACCGCAAAAAAUUUUGCGGUCAUAUAUUGGUAUCACGUCGUUGUUGUCUGCGUCGUCCAAAGACAUUUAGUUUCCGGACAAUAACUUUAGUAUAUGUAAAUAGAAAUCUAUGAAAUUUAAACACAAGGUUUAUAACCACAAAAGGAAGGUUGGGAUUGAUUUUGGGGGUUAUGGUCCUAACAGUUUAGGAAUUAGGGGCUAAAAAGGGGCCCAAAUAAGAUUUUUUCUAGUUUCCAGACAAUAACUUGUGGAAAGGUGUAUGGAUCUCUCUAAAAUUAGACCACAAGUUUCCAUACAACAAAGGGAUGGUUAGGAUUGGCUUUGGGGAGUUAUGGCUGAAACCGUUUAUAAUAAGGGGCAAAAAAAAGGGGGAAAACAAGCGUUUCCUGGUUAAUGGACAAUUACUUAAAA